AAAAGUCAGGGUCAAGAGAAAGAACUGUCUAUUAAGUAUAGUUUCUUCUUCAGUCAAUACAGAUAUGUUCUCAAUUACAAUCUCUGGUGAAGUUUUUGAAACCCUAGAACUUAGUGAAUAGUGAUAUCCAUCAACCUUAGUAAAGGGAUGCCGGCUCCCAUCAAGCCUUUUGUUGCAAUUCUUCUUCUUCUAAGUCUCGUUAGCAAAGGGUUUGGUGAAUGCUCUUUGAACGACAUUAAUGUUGGCACUGUAAGGUCAGGGAGAGAGGUUGAGGGCAAACCACAAUGGGAUGUGACAGUGGUGAACAACUGCAAGUGUCCCCAAAGCCAGAUCAAGUUUGCCUGCAAAGGAUUUAAAACUGUGGAGCCUAUUAAUCCGUUAAUCUUGGCAAAGCAAGGGGAUGAAUGUUUGCUCAUCAAUGGAAAGACUUUGCCUGGUUUUGCCACCGUCAAAUUCUCCUAUGCUUGGGAUCCCCCCUUUGUGCUGUUUCCCUCAGGGUCCGCUAUUGGUCCCUGUUGAAACAAUAUUUCUUUGGAGCAAAAUAAUGUAGCCUCUAUUGGUUGCAUCAUGAAUAGAAAGCUAUAAUCUUG